AUGGUUUGGAAGAGUGGCAAGGGAAAGUCAACACAACUACACAUUGAACCAGAGAACAUGACAAUACAAGACCCAUUCCUCUGGAGGAUAAGUUCAGCAACUGUUGCAUCAGCAGGUCCCUUUUCAACCUUUGAAGGAUAUACACGCACUCUCAUCUUGUUGAGUGGCAAUAAGUUGGUGUUAUUCCAUAAGCAAACGCCACAGAAUGAGAUUGUACUUGAACACUUCAAACCAUAUACAUUUAGUGGAGGCUGGGAUACAGACUCGACAUUCUCCCCACCUGCCACUGUACCCUCAAUUGACAUUAGAAAGAGUAGUGGCAAGAUCAAGGCCUCGGCCUCGGGUCCCCUCGAGGCACCGACAACAGAUUCACCCUCUGUAUCAACGACCGACUUGUUCUCGCCAAUCAACUUGCAUACCUCACACAACAUGGUGCCAGUCGAUGAAUCCACCGACUUCAACAUCAUCACGCGUGAUAGCCAUAUACUGCACACAUGUCGUGUGCACAAGUUUAGCAGUUUGGGUGACCGACACGAGGUACGCUUGGAUACAAUGUCAGAGCCAAUCACUGGCGAAUCAUUGUCCACACCUGUUGCUAUCAAGCGACAGACAUUGGUGCUCUAUGUGUUUGGUGGAGAGGUGAUGGUACGACAUGACACUGCCGACGGUGGCUACCAAGAGACCAAGCUAAUGAGUGGCAACUCACUCUUUGUACAAGAUAUCAAGAGCAAUGACAUUGGAGCAAUGCUCAAGCUGACCUCAUGCUCUGGCGAGGUGCACAUCGUCGUUGUCAACCUUUACGAACUCGACAAUCCACAACUACCAUCACAAUGA